UUGACAGAAGAUGUCAGAAUUGCAGCCACAGUUAUACAUAUAUAUAUAUGUAUACAUAUGUCUGUUUGGAGCAGCAGCAUUUAAUGCCUUAGCUUGCUCCUCUGCUUCACCGAUCCUCCAUUACCAAUGAACUCUUUCACCCUAAACUCUCCAAUUACUCUCCCUUUCCAUCCAUCACUGCUCCAACCCCACCAGAAAACCAUAAUCACCAUCACUAAGCGCACCCAUGUUCCGAAACAUGCUUUGCCAUAUUUGACUCGCUUCAAUCACCGGCAAAAUCCCAUUUCGAAGGUUGUGAGAAGUUCAAUGGGCAAAGAUAAAGUCUUGGAAGGUAAGAAUGCUGCAUUGCUGGUUAACACCUGUAUUACGCGUAAUUUGCCACCGGCGUUGAGUUUAGAGCAAGGAUUGGAUAGGAUUAAAGAGGCUGUUGAGGAGUUGAAGGCCAAUCCUCCUUCUUGUUCAAGUGGGAUGUACAAAUUUCAGCUUGCAGUGCCUCCAAGUGCAAAAGCGUUGAAUUGGUUUUGCUCUCAACCUGAGGCAUCAAAGGUAUUUCCUUUAUUCUUCCUUUCCAAUGAGAAGGAGAAUCCAACGUAUAAAUCACUUUCUCUGGGAAGGACCAGGGGGGUUUUUGGUAUUGGUUCAGCUGUCAGCUUCAAGCGAUCUUCUCCUGAUGCUUCAGGAAAACACAAUGCUAUUCAGAGAUAUCUUCCAGCUGAAUCAACAUCUUCAAAGGCUUAUGGUUUCUUGGAUGUCGAGUUUGACACAGAGAUGUCUAAUAUAAAACAUCAGAGUGGUUCGUUUUACCUUCUCAUUCCCCAUAUUGAGUUGGAUGAAUUUGAUGAUAUCUCUUUCCUCGUUGCAACUUUGGCAUGGGAUGACUCAUCAAUGUGUACUUUUCGUGAAGCUGUUCAAACAUUUGAGGUCUCUUUUGACCAGGCCAGACAUUCCUGUGUCAAUUUUAGCCCAUUAAUUCACUCUUCUCUUCCAAAGUUCAACAAUGCACAGGACCACAGGCAAAUGGUACGUAUAAAUGCUCUCUUACUGGAUGGCAGGCAUUUUGAUACCAGCAAUUGUGAACAGGGCGAUGCUUCAUCUGCUUGCAGUCAGUUCUCUGCAAGACUUUCACCAACUUUAUCAAUUGGAAAUAACAUGAAAGAUGAGCCCAAUCAAGCCAGCUAUUUCACUCAGGAUUGUCCCAACAUCAAUGCUUUGUGGGCGUCCUUAAUAGUUGAAGAAUGCGUCCGACUUGGUUUGACGUAUUUUUGUGUAGCUCCUGGAUCAAGGUCAUCUCCCCUGACGAUCGCUGCUGCUAGUCACCCACUUACAACUUGUAUUGCAUGCAUUGAUGAAAGGUCCCUUGCAUUUCAUGCUCUUGGUUAUGCCAAAGGUUCCCAGAAACCAGCAGUCAUCAUAACGUCAUCUGGCACAGCAGUCUCAAAUCUUUUUCCUGCUGUUGUGGAGGCCAGCCAGAAUUUUGUACCAAUGCUGUUGCUUACAGCAGAUCGUCCCCCUGAGCUGGUAGAUGUUGGGGCAAACCAAGCAAUCAAUCAGGUCAAUCAUUAUGGAAAUUUUGUGAGGCACUUUUUCAGUCUUCCUCCACCUACUGAUGAUAUUUCUGCAAGAUUCGUUCUUACCACAGUCGACUCUGCAGUAUACAAAGCAACAUCUUCACCACAUGGUCCUAUACAUAUCAACUGCCCUUUCCGAGAACCACUAGCAAACAGUCCAAGAAAUUGGAAUCAUGACUGUUUAAGUGGAUUAGACUGUUGGCUGUCAAAUUCUGAACCAUUUACCAGAUAUAUUCCAUUACAACAUUCCUUAGCAUGUAAUAACAUGUAUGGGGAUAUGGCUGAAGUUCUUAAACUGAUUCAAGGGGCAGAGCAUGGGAUUUUAGUAUUUGGUUCUAUUCAAAACGAAGAUGACGUAUGGGCAGCUCUUCUACUGGCUAAACACUUGUUGUGGCCAGUUGUAGUUGAUGCUCAAUCAGGCUUACGGUUGAGGAAGUACUUGUCAUCUUUUCUUGAUAGCAAGGACAUAUUAUUUGUCGAUCAGAUGGAUCAACUCUUACUGUCAGAUUCUGUCAGAGCUUGGAUGAAGGCUGAUGUCAUAAUACAGAUCGGAAGCCGGAUAACAGGGAGACGCAUUUCCCAGAUGAUAGAGCAUUGCUCUCCUUGCCCGUAUAUCAUGGUUGAUACUCAUCCAGGUCGUCAUGACCCUUCUCAAAUCAUGACACACAGGAUUCAAAGUACCAUCGCUCAGUUCAGUGAUUGCUUGAUCAAAUGUUGCACUCCACGUGUAAGCAAAAAAUGGAGGGAAUUUAUACGUGGAUUGGACAUGAUGGCUGCCUGGGAGACAUCAUUUUUGAUUAAUUCAGAACAGUCAUUGACUGAACCCUAUGUCGCACGCAAACUCUUUGAAGCCAUUCGGUGUGGAUCUGCUUUGUUUUUUGGAAACAGCAUGCCUGUGCGUGAUGCAGACAUGUACGGAAGUAACUGGGUGCAAUGUACACACAGUGCUUCACUGAUGCUUAGUUCUGGUUUACCAUGCCAUUGGGUCCAGGUUACUGGAAAUAGAGGUGCUAGUGGUAUUGAUGGUUUGAUCAGCACUGCUAUUGGAUUUGCAGUUGGCUGCAACAAAAGAGUACUUCUUGUGAUGGGAGAUGUUUCAUUUCUACAUGAUACCAAUGGAUUGGCACUUCUGAGUCAACGGACUCGCCGGAAGCCAAUGGUCAUACUUGUGCUUAACAAUCACGGUGGUGCAAUCUUCAGUCAACUUCCAGUUGCAAAUACGUUAGACAGAAGUAUAUUAGACCAGUUUUUCUACACAUCUCACAAUGUUUCUAUACGUAAUCUAUGUCUGGCACAUGGUGUGAAGCAUAUACAGGUCAAGACAAAAAUGGAGUUGCAGGAUGCACUGUUCACAUCUCAGAAUGAAGAUGCUGAUUGUGUAGUGGAAGUUGAAAGCGGAAUUGAUACCAACGUCGAAUUUCAUAGUAAUUUGAGGAACUUUACUCGUCAAGCCUCAGAUCAUGCUUUAAACACCCUCUUGAAGCUUUCAGCUGCGAAUUCCACCUCCAAUGGUGAUAUGUUAUACAAAAUCAGUAAAAUGGAGUACUCACAGUAUCGGGUUCAGCUAAAUGCUCCACCUACUUCAGCUUCAAGGAGUUCCAACACAACGUCAUACAGAGAAGGUUUUGUUAUAAGGCUGUCUCUUGAAGAUGGAAGUACUGGAUUUGGAGAGGUUGCACCUCUUGAAAUACACAAAGAAAAUCUGGUUGAUGUGGAAGAGCAACUUCGGUUUCUUAUUCAUGUCAUAGAAGGAAACACAAUUAAUAACAUCCUACCUCUAUUGAAGUGUUCUGUCUCUUCUUGGAUAUGGAACAGUUUAGGAAUUCCGCCAGGUUCAAUCUUUCCCAGUGUCAGAUGUGGCUUAGAGAUGGCUGUCUUCAGUGCCAUUGCUAGUAGACAUGGUAGCAGUUUAUUGGAUAUCCUUCAUCCUGGGAGGGAAGAAUCGUCCACAUCCGAUGUUCAAAUUUGUGCUCUUAUUGACUCUUAUGGAAGUCCAGCAGACACAGCUUUCAUCGCAUCCACACUCAUUGCAGAGGGGUUUAAUGCCUUAAAAAUAAAAGUAGCACGUCGAGCGGAUCCCGCUGAAGAUAUCGCUGUAAUACAAGAGGUGAGAAAGAAAGUGGGCCAACAUAUUGUACUCCGUGCAGAUGCAAAUAGGAAAUGGACUUAUGAUGAUGCCAUUAGAUUUGCCUCCAGUGUCAAAGAUUGCUCCCUGCAGUAUAUCGAGGAGCCUGUUAACAAUGAAGAAGAUAUAGUGAAAUUCUGUGAAGAAACUGGCUUAGCAGUGGCGUUGGAUGAAACCAUCAACUCUAUCAGGGAGAAUCAUCUCCAGGUCCUCCAGAAAUACAACCACUCAGGAGUUGCUGCUGUUGUAAUAAAACCAAGUGUUAUUGGUGGCUUCGAGAAUGCUGCACUCGUUGCACGAUGGGCUCAGCAGCACCGAAAAAUGACAGUCGUCAGUGCUGCAUUUGAAAGUUCACUUGGUUUGUCCGCCUACAUCCAAUUUGCUCGAUAUCUUGACCUGCAAAAUGCUGAGAUGCAAAAGUUGAUGAACAAGGAGGCAGAAUUAUGUGUGGCGCAUGGUUUUGGAACCUAUAAGUGGUUUAAGGAAGAUGUGACGGUUGAGCCUUUAAAUAUCCAUUAUAAUCCAUCUCACCGCUCUAUAGAGGCUGAUGCUGUUGAUGCUGGUCGGUUACUCCAAAAAUGUCAAAUAAAUCCUGAUGUGAUUGUUAGAACCUUCACUCAUGAACAAGUGAAGGAAUAUCAAUUAGCAGUUGAUACAGAAGGUGUCUCAUUUUCCACAAAUGUGCUUGAAACUGGGGAAAGCAUCGACGGUAGUACCGUCGUUUUUCUUCAUGGCUUUCUAGGAGCUGGUAGAGACUGGACUCCCAUCAUGAAGGCCAUGUCAGGCUCCACCAGAUGCAUUGCAAUUGACCUUCCUGGUCACGGGGGAUCAAAGUUGCAAUAUCAAGGCAAUGACGUUUCAGACCGACCAAAUUUAUCAAUUGAUGUGGUGGUUGAUAUCUUAUGCAAGGUAUUGAAUAAUCUUACUCCUGGAAAGGUUAUACUUGUCGGGUACUCGAUGGGAGCCAGGAUCGCGUUAUACACAGCCCUAAAACGCAGUGAUAAGGUCGAAAGAGCUGUGAUAAUUUCUGGAAGCCCGGGUCUGAUAGAUAACGAUGCAAGAGCAACCCGUAAAGCAAAAGAUGACUUCAGAGCUAGUAUUCUUGUCUCAAAUGGCUUAGAAUUUUUUAUACAGACUUGGUAUGCUGAAGUACUAUGGGCCAGCUUUAGAAGCCAUCCAAAGUUCGAGCAGAUAGUGACCAAUCGUUUGCAGCAUGAUGACUUACACACUCUUGGCAAAAUUCUAUCUGAUUUAAGCAUCGGAAGGCAGCCAUCAUUGUGGGAAGAUCUGAAGACCUGCAAAGUGCCUCUUCAGCUUAUAGUGGGAGAAAAGGACGCCAAAUUCAAAGCAAUCGCUCGUGAUAUGCACACUAGAAUCAACCAUGAAAAUGGAAGUUCCGAUUCACCACCAGUUGUUGAAAUUCCAAAUGCCGGGCAUGCUGUUCAUCUUGAGAAUCCCCUUGCUGUUAUCACUGCUAUAAGGCAGUUUAUGAAGAGAACGAAGAAUACUUAAUUUCUUUCAAAAGAAUACAUCUGGAUCAUUUCAUUCUUUUCAACCAUAAAUAAAUUAAUUGCAACCACAUAAAAAUAAUCUUUACUGUUUGUUCCCUUGAACAAACAUCUGAUCAUAUUUUCUAGAGAACGUUAUGUGUUUCAACUCCAGUUCAAAUGUGUUCUUUUUCUUGGAGGGCUCAUUUAGCGCUCAAGCUAUGUUUCAAGUUUCCUGUUCCUUGUACUUGUGAUAUUACUAAAAAUUUAAAAUAAACA